GAUUGAUCCCCUGCAUAAUCAAUACUUUGUAGCAACUGUUGGUUAAGUUUUGUAUUUGGUGGUGAUGCAGGACCAGGAUGCUCAUCCUUUGGAUAUGGAUCAUUUCUACAACUUGGACCUUUCAGAGUUCAUAGUGACGGAAAAACAUUGUACAUGAACGACUAUUCUUGGAACAAAGUGGCAAAUGUACUGUUCCUGGAAUCUCCGGCUGGUGUGGGGUUUUCCUAUUCCAACACAACCUCUGACUAUAACACCACUGGCGACAAGAGAACGGCGGAGGAUACAUAUACCUUUCUAGUUAACUGGUUUGAGAGAUUCCCGCAGUACAAAACCCGGGAUUUUUACUUAACAGGAGUGAGCUAUGGUGGUCGUUUUGUGGCACAGCUGGCUUACACCAUUGUAGCCCAUAAUCAGAAUCCCAACCAGACAUUCAUAAACCUCAAAGACAUUGCUAUUGGGAAUCCUUUUCUGGACCGUCAUUUACUUUUGAAAGGGAACUUAGAGUAUCUAUGGACACAUGCAAUGAUUUCAGAUAAAACUCAUGCAGCAAUUAACAAGUACUGUGACUUUGACAAUGCAAACUAUUCUGCAAGUUGCAAAGAGUACAUCUCCAAAGGUCAAAAUGAGGUUGGGCCUGUGCUUAGAGAUAACAUUUACUCUUCUGCCUGCACACAAGAUGCACCGAAACCCCAAUCUCCUGUUUCAGGAUAUGAUGAAUGCUCACGCAAUUAUGUUGAGGCUUACCUCAACCGGAAGAACGUGCAAGAAGCAUUGCAUGCCAUCAAUACCAAUUGGACACUUUGCAGCAAAUAUAUCGGUUGGGGGACAUGGAAAGAUUCACCUGAUACUGUGCUGCCCAUUCUCAAGCAGCUCAUUGCAAAUAAAGUAAACAUAUGGAUUCUAAGCGGGGACAUAGAUGGAAUUAUAUCAGUAACAACAACCAGGCUUGCAGUAAAUGCUAUGCAGCUUGCUGAGGUGACUGAUUGGCAUCCAUGGCUUUCUAACCAGGAGGUGGGAGGAUAUGUGGAAGGGUAUAAAGGGUUGACACUGGUUACAAUACGAGGAGCGGGGCACGAAUUUGCGAGCUACCAACCAGAACGGUCACUGGCUGUAAUUUCAUCUUUUCUUCAAAACAAACUCCCCCCAGCUGUUUAAUUGGCUACAACAAGUUUCUUAUUUCCAUUAAAAAUAAUAAUAUCACCUGUUGGCAUUGAUGUAGCAAAAAGAAAGAGGCACUAAUUGAAAAUUGAUGUAAAAUGCUUACAUGUGAGAUUAGAUGUGAAGUAAUGACUUUGGAUGUGAAAUGUAG